AUGGAUGGUUUGGCUUCAGUAAACUCACUACAGAAGGAGGAGACGAACAUCCCUACUGCUGAUGAUUUGUUGGUUGACAUGAAAGAAGAAACACAAGUUGUUAGUAGGACAUCAUGGCAGCUUUGCGAUCCAGCAUCCCAAACGGUUGCUUCUGUCAAAAUGGAGGAGCUUAUGCUAGACAACUUGGGUAUAAAUGAAGAGGAAGGACUGACUCAGAGGGAUGAAUCAUAUAUGCGAUUCGAGACCAACAUUUUUCCGCAAACAGAUAAUGUUGAUUCCGAGAAUCCAUAUCCUGUUCACGUGGUGACACAUACAAACAAACUUGAUACCGAUGCUGAUGCAGACAUUGAUGAGGCCAAUGAACCCUGGGGUUGGUCUGACAGACAGCUCUUGGAGAAAGAUGAGGAAGAGCUGAAGGAUGAGAUAGAGCUGCCGCACGAGGAGAACGAUCUAAAAGAUAAUAUUGUUAUUAAUGAGGACAUGGAUCAGCCUUACACGAAAUCCAUUAAUUCAGUGGUAACAAUACCUUUCGCUUUGCCAUUGGAUGAACGCCAUGUAGGUGAAAUGGGCGCAGUAGGGGUUGAUCCACAUUUGACUGACUCAGCUCAGAUAGUUGACCCGUCUCUAUUUGCGUUUAGAGCACAGGAAAAUACGAAUGCUGCUAAGGCAGAUACAAAUGCCCUAAUAGAAGAGUUUCAUAGAGUUGAAGCCAAUAUGAUGAUGGUACCAUCAGAAGAGCUUCCCUCAGACGGCCAGUUAGAGGAGCAGAGUGAGGAAAAGGCUGCAGAAGAACCAGAACGGUGGAACAAAGCUGAAGAAGUUUCAAAUACACUGCUAGACAUUGAUAGAGAUGAGGAGGUUUUACACCAAGGAACAGAAGUGUGGAAUAAAAUUACUACCAAAGAUGAAGAAAUAGCCGAUGAAAUCUCCUCUUCUUGUAAUGAAAGAGAAGAGGUUGCUGCUUUGAAUACAUGUUCGGACGUCGACAUACAGAUUUCUCGUUAUGAUGCAUGUGAAUGGAAGGAGAAUGAGAAUGAGAAGCUAGAAAUAGUGGAGGCCGCCUCAGUCCUUACGGCAUGGUCGGAAGCAGACGAAGAAGCAAAAACUAUGUGCCAAGUAGAGAAAUUUAAGCCAGAAGAAGGAAAGGACGAGGUUGAAGUAAGUGAAACCGAGAGACAAUAUUAUGAGACUGAAAAAGGUCUUGAUGGACAGAUGUUGGCUCUUUACGGUCAGACAGAUCUGGAGCUUUCCAAUGGCGCAGAGAAGAUGUUUGAGGAAACUCAGCCAAAAGUUGACAAAUACGAAGAUAACAACAAAGCGAAUAAAAUAUUAGAAAAUGACAAACAAAUAAACUUGGCGACGGAA